AUGGGCAAGUUGAAAUCAUGGUGGAAAGAUGAAAAUGAUGGAAGUUGUUUGCAAUCAUCAUUUUUGCGCCUUUAUGAAUUGUCCUUGACGGACUGCUGUAAGCUCACGUCAUUUCCUCCUUGUCCACGGGUGAAAAAACUACAUUUAGGCGGUCUUGAUGAAAACUUUCAGAUAGUCUCGUCCUCUGCUCAUAAGUACGAGUCACCAAUGUUGCGAAAGGUGAAUGUUUUCGAGAAUGUCAGCCAUCUCAAAUCACUACCAAUGAGUUCUGUCACAAGCCUCAGUGUAUUUUGGGAUAAUAAGGUAGAGAGAUUAUCCCAAGUUGAAGAUUCAUUCAAGAGCUGUUCUUCUUCCUUGCGCACACUCACAAUCAGAGGUUGUGAGAAUUUAAGGAGUGUGUCUCGAUCGUUGGAGUACCUCACGGCUUUAGAGUCUCUAUCAAUAAUCGAAUGUCCGAUAUUGAGAUUCGCCGAAGAGGAUGCCGAUGAAGACGACAACAAGCCUUGGAGAUUUCUUCAUCGAAGCCUCCGUUCGAUAGAAUUAUGGGCAGUUGAUAGCAUGGAGAUACUACCCCAGGGGAUGCAGUACUUGACCAACCUACAAUCUUUAACAAUUGAAAAUUGUUGGAAUUUCGAAACGUUACCAGAAUGGAUAAGUUGCUUAUCAUCUCUUAAUACUCUUCGAGUUAAGUGUUGUCGUCAAUUUCAAUCACUACCAGAAGCAAUGCGAGAUCUUACCUCCCUCAAGGUACUUGAUUUGAGUUAUUGCAAAGAAAGCUUGAAAGAACGAUGCCAAAGCCCGAAUGGAGAAUACUGGCCAAAAAUUCAACAUAUUCCCUCCAUAGAUACUUCUACAUAA